AUGGGUUGCAAGUUUGUGGAUCUGACUGACAAAAGCUGGAGAAUUCGUGCUGGAAUCAAAUGGAGCAUGCUAGUCUUGGAGCUACCUGGCCUAGGCUGGAGUAGACGUGCGCCCAAGGGAGAGCAUGGAAGAGCUGAGCCCAAGGCAGAAGGAUGGAGGCGUUGGGCUUCAGAGCAGAGGCAUUGA